CAGAGUUUGCUCUGCCCCUCAGUUCCUUCCUACAAUUGACUGACCGAGCUCAGCAGAAUAUAAAUUGCAGCUGUUUGUGCCCAGAGUACUGGAUGCACCUGAGGUGAGGCUGACCUGUUGGAGACGGAUCACAGCUGGAGACAGGAUGAAUUACUUCAUCCCCAUUGUGUUCAUGGUCUGCAUUUACCUGCUGGGAUCUGACAGUGAAGGUCUGGUCGGGAAAUCACUGAAAUUUGAAAAGGAAACAAGUGACAGCUACGUCAGAGUUUUCUCAUCGCCUUUUACUGAAUUGACUGCCUUUACUGUCUGCCUCAGGGCAGCCUCUGAGUUGACCCGUGGUUACAGUUUGUUCUCCUAUGCAUCGUCGAGGGAUACCAAUGAACUGUUGAUUUGGUACUAUGCUAAUGGAGGCAUCUCCCUGAACUUAAGCAGUAAUGAAACACAGUUUUCCCUUCCAAAAAUGGAUGCCUUGCUGAGGCACAUCUGUGUAACCUGGGAAUCUACAGAGGGUUUGGUUACCAUCUGGGAAAAUGGGAAACACUCUUCACAGAAGAUUGGUGGAAAGGGUUGGGUUGUGAAAGGUUCUGGUCAGUUUAUUCUUGGUCAGGAUCAGGACAGUGUUGGAGGAGGUUUUGACAAAUCUCAGUCCUUUGUUGGGGAAAUAACUGAUGUUCAUAUGUGGGAUUUUGUGCUUGAAACCAGUGAGAUUGAGACAGCAAAUGAGGGAUGUUUCUGUACCGGAGGCAACAUCGUCAACUGGGGAAUAACUUCCUAUGAAUCAGGAGGGAUGGUGACAAUCAAAGACAAUAAUGACUGCAUAUUUUAGUGUCUUGGCUACAAAAAGAAUACAACUGUUCACAGGGAGCACUUUCUCCACAAGCCGGUCUUACUGAAUAUGACCUUCCAUUGUGAUCUUUUCUCUCUAAGUCAGAUGAUCAGUAGAUAUAGUGAAGUUGAUUCUGGAAUAAAGGGCUGUUCAUGUCUGGGUAAGGGACCACUCAGUGAGUCCUUCCAGUUGCUCAUCAACCCUCACUGACUGGGGAAUGGCCUCAGACUCAGUGCAGAAGGGUCUCGGUCAUUCUCUGUCACACGUUGGGAGAUGGAUGGGGUGCAGAGAACUAUGAAGGAUGUUUACAGGGGUCUGCAGAUGUAAACUCCAGAGUACUAUCCCACUCACUGAGUCUCACUUAACACAAGGAAAUUACAACAACUGCUCAGGACAGACGAGCCCUCCCUCUUUAACCAGACACCUCUCCUCAUCCAUUCUGCUGGACCCUUCCUCAGAUCCCACUGGGAAUAGUUCAUCCCAGUUAAAAGGUGCAGCAGCACAGAGCAGUGUCAGGGACAUUUUCUGCCCUCACCCUGACACACACAGGCAGACAAUGAAGUGUCUGGGGCAGGGGUGGUGAUGGGCAGACAUGGACUGUGGGGAAAUCCCUGUGGUGGAAGGUGAUCCUGCCCUUGACUUUGUUUGUGCUGAUGGGAAUUAUUAUUGUGACUCUCUCUCUCUCUCUCUCUCUCUCUGUCACAUUGUUUGUUACACCAAGCUUUGGAAAGCUCACAGACUGUACUGUGCCUCAGGUGACUGGGAUUGAACUGUAACACUGCUGUUUUUCAGUUUAGUAAAUUAGCAU